UCUCCUCCUCUUCCUCCACCAUCCACAACGUCCCACAUCCGCCUCUUCCACAUUCAGAGUUUCAGCCCAUCUGUUUUUGGCUACACCCUCAGAGCCACACUCUCGUCGCUGACCGCCUAUCUAAAAAUCCGUGCUUCGCUUCCACGCCAUCCUCGAUCAACACUGCCCAUCCUGGUCUGAGCUCUGCACCUCCCGGUCCCCUUGGAAUCCAAACCCACUCUAUCCUCCCCACGUUCUGCCGGAAAUUUGCUGCAGCUUCAUUCUAUAAGAAUCGUCCUCAUCCCACAUCCUCAAGGGUUGUCUCAGGAUCAAAGAGUUGGAUCAGACAGUUCCAGCCUCGCUGCGAGUAUCUUCUCUUCGUCUCUCGGAAGCGCCCCUCGGCGUUAAGCCGACAACAAGCAAUUAACACUUCCUUCCUUCUUUUCCUCGAAAGCUCGCACACAUAGCUAUGUCAGGUUAUCCAGGAUCUGGUUACCACGGAGGAUACGGAGGUCAACCACAGCAGUACCAACCCCAGCCAAACUACUACCCACCACAAAAUUACGGACCUCCUCCACAACAAGGUGGCUACGGCUACCAGCAACCUCCUCCUCCUCAACAACCAUAUGGAUAUUCUCAACCUCCUCCACAACAAUAUGGCGGAUACAAUGGAGUGCCACCGAACCAACCUCAAUAUGGCAGACCAGGUAUGCCAUCCGUCAACUCGAAUGCCUACGUGAACGGCAAUCCUAGUGCUCCUCCUCCACCGCCCUCACAAAUGCAACACUUUGGCGGUGGUGCACCACAAGGAUACGCAUUCCAAUAUUCCAACUGCACAGGGAAAAGAAAGGCUCUGUUGAUCGGCAUAAAUUAUUUCGGACAGAGAGGGCAACUGCGUGGCUGUAUUAACGAUGUCAAGAACAUGUCGUCGUUUUUGCACGAGAACUUUGGCUACCAGAGAGACGACAUGGUCAUUCUCACUGAUGACCAGCAAAAUCCCAUGAGUCAGCCAACGAAACAGAACAUUCUGCGAGCUAUGCAUUGGCUUGUAAAGGAUGCUCGCCCAAAUGACUCUCUAUUUUUCCACUAUUCUGGUCACGGAGGCCAAACUAAGGAUCUCGAUGGAGAUGAAGAAGAUGGAUACGACGAGGUCAUCUAUCCAGUAGAUUUCCGACAAGUCGGCCACAUCGUCGAUGAUGAGAUGCACCGGAUCAUGGUCAUGCCCCUUCAACCGGGCGUGAGAUUGACAGCAAUCUUCGAUUCCUGCCACUCAGGAACAGCCCUUGAUCUGCCAUAUAUCUACUCUACUCAAGGUGUGCUCAAGGAGCCCAACCUCGCCAAAGAGGCUGGGCAAGGUCUACUUGGUGUUAUCUCGUCUUACAGUCAAGGUGACCUCGGUGGUGUUGCCAGCAAUUUGAUGGGAUUUUUCAAGAAAGCAACUUCAGGAGACGAUGCGUACAACAAGACAAUGGCCACAAAAACUUCACCAGCCGAUGUUGUUAUGUGGUCUGGAAGUAAAGAUGACCAAACAUCGUUAGUAUACCCUUUCAUUCCUCUGUACGCGUAAUCGGGGGUCAGUACAUAUGGGAGACCCGGCAAAAAUAAUCAGGAGGCGUUUUUGGGAGGUUUGGCGAGGCGUUGAGGGAUACCAUUUUGGGCUACUGGGCAAGACCCUGGCCGUUUUUCAUGUACUGCUAGCUUUGACUCCCCAUAUAUAUGAAAGCUCUAAGCGUGCGCCACAAGCC